AUGAGGCUGACUGCACGGCCUGCCCGCGGGGGUCCUUCCGCUUUGCGGCCGACGGCGGCCUGGGACACCGGUUACGGCGACGUCCUGCAGGGCGAGUGCCGGGCCUGCCACCAGGAGUGCGCCUCGUGCUCCGGGGCCACGGCCGGCGACUGCCUCUCAUGCCACGCCGGGAAGCUCCUCUUCAACCUGACCUGUGUCGACAGUUGCCCGGUCGGACACUAUGCCACGGCGGAUGGGACCCAGUGCAACUCCUGCGGCGUCGGCUGCGCCGAGUGCGCCCCGGGCACCGGGCUCUGCACCCUCUGCAAGGUGGGGCAGUAUGCCGACUAUGCGGCCGGUGUGUGCUACUCCGCCUGCCCGGGGCGCUUCCUGGCCGAUGAGCAGGCCAAAACCUGCGCCGGCAGCGUGGACACCUGCACGGCCUGCCGCGACCCGGCCCAGCGGCUGCGCGCAAGCACCGGCCGGUGCGUGGACCGCUGUGCCCUGAAUGAGGUCGAAAUCCCGGGCGUCGGGGCCCAGGCGGGGAUGGUCCUCUGCGCGGAUUGCCAUGCCUCCUGCGAGUCUUGCCAUGCGCCAGACCAUCCGGAGGCCUGCUCCUCCUGCCCCGAGGGCCGGCUGCUCCACGGGGCUGGCACCUGUGUUUCGGACUGCCCGGCCGGGCACUUCGCCCUGGCGGCCGACCGCCGGUGUGCGGCCUGCGAUGGCUCCUGCCGGACGUGUCGCGGCCCCGGCCAGGAAGAGUGCCUCUCCUGCUCCGGCCCCGGGGCCAUCCUGCUGGAGGGGUCCUGCGUGUCCAGCUGCCCACCGGUCGGGUUCUGGCUGGACGAGUCGGACCCCGCGCGCCGGGUGUGUCGCCCAUGCGGCCGCGACUGCGAGCAGUGCUCCCGGGACGAUGCCUGCACCGCGUGCCGGGCCGGCCGGGUGAUGCACCACACGCAGCCCGGCCAGAGGGUGUGCUUGGCUGGCUGCCCGGGGGGCUUCUUCGCCGAGUUGCCGGCCGGCCAGCGGCAGGCCAUGUGCGCGGCCUGUGCCCGGGAUUGCCACACCUGCACCGGGCCCGGGGAGGCCGACUGCCAGGUGUCCGCCUGCCAGGCGGAUGGAUCGUGCGGGCCCUCGCGCAACAAAUCCCUGGCCUUCGGCCUGAUCAUCGGCCUUUCGAUGCUGUUCAUCAUCCUGCUGCUCAUCCUGCUGGUUCUCUUCUGCGCCCUGCGCCGCCGGCGUCACGCCCCGAAGGAGUGGGCCGACGGCGACCUGACCAUCGUCAACACGGCCAUGGACCUCGCGCUUCCGGGCUUCCUGCUGCUUUCCUUCGACGAGGACAUCCGGCUGCUUGGCGGUGGCCCGGCCGGCGGCGGGACCCAGGGCAGCAUCUUCCUGGGGGAGCCCCUCAAGCCGGCCCUCAUCAGCGCGGCCGGGAACAACCUCCUCGUGGCCAAGAUGGCCCAUGGUGCUGUUUCCUUCGCGGCGCCCGAGGUCCUGGCGUCGAUGGACGCCGGCGGGCCGGGCGCCGCGCCGAUCGACCACCUGGCGGCCGACGUCUACUCGCUGGCGUCGGUCUUCUGGCACAUUUUGACCCAUACCCGGCCCUGGAGCGGCCUCAGCAAGACAGCCAUCCGGUCCCUCCUCAGCCAGGGCAAGACCCCGGCCGUGCAUGGCCCCCCGGCUCGAGAAGACAUGCUUCUGGACCAGACAUUGCAGGCCCUCAACGGCGACCUGCUGCCGGCCAUGUGGGCUGCGGACCCGGGCACACGCCCUCCGAUGUCAACCAUCGCGGCAUUGGCGGCCUCCCCGUGA